ACCACAACGCUUUACAUGCGCAGACUGGGCAUACUUUAUCUGCACGCAGCCUGUACACUCACGACGGUGGUUAGGUUCGGACAGAUACACUGCUGGGGUACUCCCAGCACCACCACCACCAUCCCGAAAGUACCUGCUAAAAAUGUCGAGAAAGCCCUACAAACCAGCAGGUACGGGAGCCAAGUUCGAAGAGCCACCUGUGACCACCAACAAGGAACGCACACUGGCACGCAGACGAAACUGGUUUCAGUUUCACUAUCAUCGUGGUGCGUGACAGACGUCCUCUGCAACAUCGUCUGCUAUCAAGAGUAUUAUCGCUUCGGGUUUUCCGGUAUGAUCAUCGUGUGGCUUUGUUUUCUUAUUUCGGCGCUACAAGUUGCUGAAGGUCAAAGCAGGCGGCAUGGCAAAGUGAGCCCCGACUUGCUAGUGAAGGCGUGGCAGCCUUUUCCCUCUUUGGAAUUUGCCGUCGACGAAUGCGUCAGCAACCUGAACCGCACUGGCCGCUGUCUAGCCAUCCCAGACUGUCGAUUCAGCCGUGGCCAUCAGGAAGGUCAAUGCGCUGACGGUUUCGGCGUUUGCUGCGUCUACGAAGCCCGCGGCUUUCCCCUGGCCACGACGGCCAACAACUCCUACUUCGUUCAGCCAAUGUUUCCUCGUCCGUACCGGGACUCUGGAAACCUGUCCCUCACGACGCUGGUCCCAAGAGGGAUUUGUCAGCUACGCAUCGAGCUCGAGAGAUUCAGCAUCUCGGAUCCCGUGAAUGGAUCUUGCACAGACGACUACUUUCAGGCGCACGUCAAUGGCAGCGACAGCAUCCUGCCUAGGUUAUGUGGACGCAACGACGGACAACAUUUGAUCGUCCACUUGCCUAUCAGCGACGAACGUAGCAAACUCACUCUCAAAGUGUCUUUAGGACGGUCAGGAUUUCAAAGGCGGUGGUCCAUACGCAUUGUUCAGUACAAGUGUGGCCAUCAGAAUGAAGCACCCAGGGGAUGCCUGCAGUACCACACGUCGUGUCUGGGCAGCCUAAGAAGCUUCGCCUUCGCCCAGUCUUCUCCCGGAUCCCUUCAGGGUCUCAAUUACGGCGUCUGCAUUGCUCGACCGCCUUGGAUGCAAGUCAUCAGCCUGAAGCUCGACGUGCUCCAGAUGUCGGGAAACUCCACGCAGGAUUGCACGGACGACUUCCUGCAACUUCCGGCGGGCCUGACAAGUAACGGCAAGCCCUUCUCGAGACAACGCCUCUGUUACCAGAAGAACAGUUCAGUUUUUGAUAUUGCAGUACGGGGACCGUUGGUGUUUUACGUUCUAACAGGCAGUGGUGCUGGAAGACACAUGGGAUUCAGCAUCAGUUAUAAUCUGUUUCCGUGCUCGUGAAUGCAUCGUGACAUUUGUAGUGUAUAAAGGAAGUGUGCCAAUAAAUUUAUUUAUUUUAGUUGAA